CUUAUGUCAGGCAGCCGUCGUGCUAGCCGAAUGGCCGAUGCAAACGUCGGACCCAAAAGACUUGCUCGACUUCGUACUAGGUACUUCUGCGUGCGCAAAUAAUGGUGAUGUGAAUUUGGGUGGUAUAGAAUCGUAGAGUGAACAUUUAUGUUUUAAAGUUGUUUUUUAUAUGACAGCUUGUAUACCUGUGACGCUGUGCUAUAUUAUUUCCCAGUGUUGUGUAGCAUUUAUCUCUGAAUAAACUUUGGUAUAACGACAGAGUCAGCUGUGGACUAAUCAGUAAUUUACAGAAUUUAGCUGGAUACUAUACGAUGUGUUCCAUGACGGACUAGUGGUAAAUACAGAGAAGCUUACGCGCAAUUCUUCUUGACCGGUUGUAUGUUGAUGCAGGAUCCUCACUUGAGUAUCUUGCGCAAAAGACCGCGCCGCCCAGCCGCUCCUUAAAACGGCGGCGUGGCAGCGCAGUUAGGGUGUAGCGGGAACGCGCACCCUGGAGCCACACAGGGGUCCAUUGUUGAGGAGGGCGCGGCGGCAGAAUGGAAGACGCCGGCAGCAACAAACAGCGACAGGCCACGCGAGUCUUCAAGAAGAGCUCGCCGAAUGGCAAGAUCACAGUAUACUUAGGGAAAAGAGACUUCGUAGACCACAUCACACAUGUAGACCCGAUUGACGGCGUAGUACUAAUCGACCCGGAAUAUGUGAAGGACAGGAAGGUGUUCGGUCAUGUGCUGGCCGCGUUCAGAUACGGCCGGGAAGACCUGGAUGUGCUGGGGCUUACCUUCAGGAAGGAUCUGUACCUGGCCGCUGAACAGAUAUACCCAGCAACGAACACAACAAAGCGUCCUCUAACGCGGCUGCAGGAACGGUUAGUCCGCAAGCUGGGCGCGGCAGCACACCCCUUCUACUUCGAGCUGCCGCCGCACUGCCCCGCCUCCGUCACCCUGCAGCCCGCGCCCGGAGAGACCGGCAAGCCGUGUGGGGUGGAUUAUGAACUGAAGGCGUUCGUCGCUGACUCGCAGGAUGACAAGCCACAUAAGAGGAAUUCAGUGCGGUUAGCCAUCAGAAAGAUAAUGUACGCGCCGAGUAAGCAAGGCGAGCAGCCCUCGGUCGAAGUGUCCAAAGAGUUCAUGAUGAGCCCCAACAAACUAUACCUGGAAGCUUCCUUAGAUAAGGAGUUAUACCACCACGGCGAGAACAUAGCGGUGAACGUGCACAUAGCGAACAACUCGAACCGGUCGGUGAAGCGCAUCAAGGUGUCGGUGCGGCAGUUCGCCGACAUCUGCCUCUUCUCCACCGCGCAGUACAAGUGCACCGUCGCCGAGACAGAGAGCGAGGAGCCCAAAUCGAUGUCGGCGAGACUAUUUAAAUUCCCCUUUAUCGGGAUAUUCAGUAAGAAACAUUCCAUGCGGUCCGUGGAGGGCUGCCCAGUAGGGCCGGGCUUCACGCUGAGCAAGGUGUUCACGGUGACGCCGCUGCUGGCCAACAACAAGGACAAGUGGGGGCUCGCGCUCGACGGACAGCUCAAGCACGAGGACACCAACCUCGCCUCUAGCACGCUAAUCGCGGAUCCAUCGCAGCGAGAGAACCUAGGAAUCAUAGUGCAAUACAAGGUCAAAGUGAAGCUGUGUCUCGGACCACUCGGCGGUGACUUGAGCGCGGAGCUGCCGUUCAUCCUGAUGCACCCCAAGCCGGAGGAGGAGCCCCGCGCCGCGCUCGACGCGCCCAGGCCCGUCGACCACGACCUCAUCACGCUCGACCCGCACCCUGACGAGAACGGUCAAGAGCAAGACGACGACAUAAUCUUCGAGGACUUCGCGCGACUUCGACUGAAAGGUGCGGACGCGGAUGCCUGAGACUCGGCCACGCCCUCGCGCCCCCCGCCACCCCGCGCCCCGCGUCACCCCUGCGCCCUGCGUCAGUAUGCCGCGAUGCCGCGUCGCCGCCGCACGGGUCAUUGCCGCCGCCGUACCUGUUUCGGCGUCUCCCACUUCACUCUCAACAUACCUCCUUCAAACAAAUUCUUUGCAAAACCGGUUCACCGCGACUUAAUAACAGAUGACGACUAACCUAGUCAUCCUACUUAGUGAAGAUCGGAAGCUUGCCCUACUAAGGGCGGUUCUAAUAAUUUUUUGUCACGCUAUUCAUUAAUAAACCACUUACAUUAAAAAUACUCAUAAAUGAGAAGGUUUUUCAAACUUACAAUCACAAUACGAACUGGAAAUUGACUGUAAAGGGUUCCAAAUACAUUGUAAGCAAAACAUUCAAUAAAAUAGGGCUGCGAAACGGGCAAUCAAAACGCCAGCAUGUAAGUCGCCGGUAACAGUUUUUAUAAAUAAGUAUCACACAAAUAUCGCUGUUUGUAAAUCGUACACAAGAGUGUCGUCAAACAAAAAUGAACGAAACAUAAAUACAAUCUGUCCAUGAACAUUUUCAAUCCCUGUACAGUGUAUAAUCGAGAGGAUUUGACUAUUCACGGUAUAGUGUGGCUGUCGGACGCGACGUGACGCGUGACGUCACCGCCCGCGUCACGUCGCUGCGACACUCGCACACACACACAACUAGCGUUAUAUAAUAAAGAAUUUUAUAUUAUAUUCGAUGUAUAUUGUAUGUGAAAAUUUAUUUUAAUAGAUGUCUAUUGAUCAAAUAAGCGAGUACAAUGUUUAAUUACAUUUAUGUUUCACUAUCAUUGGCCAUUGAUUUUUAGGAGUAGUACAAUGUUCGGCGAAUGCAUUUAAUAGUGUAAAAGAUGUGUUAUACCUCUGUAACGUAAUUUUACUUUUUGACGGUAGCAUUGUAUGUCUUAUUGUUGAUGUUGAAGAUAAAUAUACUUAUUACAUUGAUUGUGUUGACUUGUGAGAAAAUGCCGAGUGCGGAAAUGUGUAGGUGUAAGAUGUUAAUUGUAUUUUGUGCACUAAUAUUAUUGUAUUACUUAAAUUUUAUAAAUAAUGAUGGGAUAAUGGAACGUUGCGUCUGUAGCGGUACUGGAUCGGCCGGCGAAUGUUUCUGUAUGGCAGUUGUUGGAGAAAAUGUAUUUAUUGUAAUUUUUAAGCAGUAUCGAUCGCCGGCCACCUUCGUAGUAUCUUAUACUUGAGCAUAUUAGCUGGUAAUUCUGAACGGAUACCGAAGUUAAUCCCGUGAUGGCUUGUUUUGGGGAUAGACAGUCUUGCAUAUGUAUAUCUUGAAGGUUAUUCCCACUUCAAGGUAAUCUUGUAUGACAUUUGUUGGCACAGUACGCGGGCACUCGGCACACCAGUUGCCUUCUUAUAUCGAAAUAUAAAGAAACACUUAAGUAUACAGGAGUAAACAUUUCUUAUAUUCUGUUACACUAGUGUGUGUCAUGCCUUAGUGCGUUUGGUUUCUGCUCUGUAUAUUUGUAAGCAUAAUGUUAGCUGCACCAAGAACAAAUGCUGAAACAAAACUGGCUGUAAUUUAUUCUCGAUUUUCUAUGUCACAGGUUGACCAACCAUUUUUUUCGACCUCGCUAAUAAAAUUGUGUGCUAGCUUCAAAGCUCGUUAUAUUUUCUACAGCUUGACCGCUAAGAUAUAUAAAGCCAGACAUCAGGGAUUACGUUUUGUAAAUAAGAAAUACAUUUUUAAAUUUAAUUUUGGAAUAAAAUGCGCUCGCUGAAACGAGCCAGUUACGGCGCCGUAACCAGGCUUUAUUAGCCAAUCAAGCAUGUUUACGUCACAACCAGUUUGACGACUGCCAAAAUGCGCUCUAUCUACAAACAAUACAGGUCAUAAUUGACUGCAAUGAAUUUACCAACUCCCAAAAACCUUUGUAUCAUAACUUUUUAUUGCCAAUAAGAUUUUAAUUGCAUAUCUACUGACUAAUAAAAUGCAGCUUCGUAUACCACCAAUGUGUAAAAAAGAUAACAAAUAAAUUAUGUAUUAACUCUAUUUUAGUAUAUUUAUGUUAUAACUUGACUCCGUCUGUGUAAUAAAUGGCGCGGUCACGAUGUUACGUCACAGGUUUUAUAUUACGAAAAAGGUUUUUUAUAAGUUGACAAAAUAAAUAGACACGAAUCGCAAAAAGCUCUAAUCUAUGUAGACGAAUUUUAAAGAAGGUUUCGUAUUUAUUUCGUCCACUUUGAUUUUCGUUAAGUUUUGCAUUUAACGCAAAUUUCGAAUGUUUUAUAAAAUCUGCGACGACGUCAAUAGCGGCGAGUACACACUAACGUCUUAUGAUAUUCGUUCUGUGAGUAUGUACAUUAGUUUCGCUGUGUACAGUAUAAUAAAUAGUUAUGUAUAUUUCGUGGCAUGUUUCAUUGUAUAACAAGCUUUAUGAUGCACAAAGUAUUUUGUUUUAAUCGGGUCGGGCCAUACAUUUUAAAGCCCGCUUUUCUUGUGGUUAGAAAUAUUCCCUUUUUUAAAGUGGGAUAUUUCAAACAUGUUAAAAUUAAAUAGUUUCUUUCUUUCUUUCGUUACGUUUUACCAAUUGAUUAAACAUCCAAGUCCUCUUCAGUAGGGCUUCUAUCACUAUGCUUGUUUUCUAUAAAUUUAAUUUCACAAAAAUAACGUUUCAAUGCAUUAAAUUAUUCGGUGUUUCGGUUACUAUCAAGUUGUAUUAUUUGUGUAUUUUAAAUGUAAGUAUUAAGUGAAAAUAACAAUAUGUAAUAUUGAUAGUAGGAACAAAAUAAAAAGACGAAACAGUGGAAUUUACAGCCAAUAGGUAAUUAUAGCGUGGCCUAUGCCGGCACAAUACUCUAAGUACAAUUAGCCAUUUUUAAUAUACAUUAUAUUAACUUAUCAGAGGCUAACUUUUUUACUUUCCUUGCACAAAUGUAAUUUACACAUUAGAAAUGAAACUUUUCUACUUGUAUACCACUUGGCUGUAAACAUAACUCUGUAUGAAAUUCUUAGUACUUUAUCCGAUACCCCGUAAUGUACGAUAUCUACCGGCCGCAUUGAACAUUCAGUAAAUAUUAAACUGUAUGGGUAUGAAAAUAAAGUUGAAAGCUUUCAAAUGCGGCCGGUAGUGCAUCGCGAUCCUGUGCAGAACUUAUUCACUAAUGUCAAAUCGCACACGUUCUUUUUUUUAAUUUUACAUCGAAACGUUUUUGAUGUAUACUUUUUUCAAUAAAUAAUUAUGUAACCAA